GGGAGGAGCUUGAAAAGUAUGAACUUGUGUGUGAAGACGCAGACAGACAGAAGGAGAAACACUAGAAUACUUAACGGAGUUUGGAAAAGCUCACGACUACCGAUGGUCUCUUUCGGACCGGAGAUGGUUUGCAAUCAACUGAUCAAAUAAUAGAUUUGGACCGAGCUUGGGCAUGAAAGACUCCUCUUCUCGCAUCUUGGGACUGCGGUGCAAUUCACCUUGAACCUGUGCGGUUUUCCCCAUCCUAACCUGUGUAAAUUAUACUCUAUUAAUAGAAGCGUAAAAAGUGGAGAGUUUGCCGACUGAACGAAAGAAGAUAACAGUUGCCAUAAAAUGUUGUCAUUAUUAUUCUUGAUUCUGUACAUUCCUGCUGUUAUGUCCUCAUCGUCACAGAUGGCUGGGAUCUUCCCCCAGGACCCAGCCCUGCCCAUCGGCUCCACCCUCACUGCCACAUGUUCAGUCAGCCCUGAUCUGGGCCUCCACGCCAGCUCUCUGUUCUGGAGCCUGAAUGGCCGCCGGCUGCCCAGCUCUUUUUACAGCGUGUUGAGCCCUACGGCCCUCAGUGUCACCCUGCCAGGCCUGCCAGCCUCUAGGCAGAGGUCAGGGGACAACCUGGUGUGUCACAACCAUGGAGGACAUGUUCUGGCCGGGUCCUGCCUCUAUAUUGGGAUGCCUCCAGUGAAGCCAGUCAACUUAACCUGCUGGUCCAGAAACACCAAAGACCUGACCUGUCGAUGGGCACCGGGAGGACAGGGAGAGACUUUCAUCAAGACCAAAUACACACUCAAAUACAAACUCAGGUGGUAUGGCAGAGAGAGAGAAUGUGAGGAGUACAGUGCCGCCCAGCCAUACUCUUGCUACAUACCUCGUGACCUCGCCCUCUUCACGCCCUACGAGAUCUGGGUGGAAGCCACCAAUCAGCUCGGCUCAGCCACCUCUGAUGUCAUCACCCUGGAUAUCCUAGACGUGGUAACGACGGACCCGCCCUCAGGUGUGAGUGUGAGUCGUGUGGGUGACCUGGAGGACCAUCUGAGUGUUCGAUGGGAGUCUCCCCCAGCUCUCAAAGACUUCCUGUUCCAGGCCAAGUACCAGAUACGCUACCGGCUGGAGGACAUCUCAGACUGGAAGGUCAUGGAUGACGUUGGGAACCUGACAUCAUGUCGCCUGGCAGGCCUGAGACCGGGUACUGUGUAUUUUGUCCAGGUACGCUGUAACCCAGUAGGGAUCUAUGGGUCUCGUAGGGCUGGUAUCUGGAGUGAAUGGAGCCAUCCUACUGCUGCUUCUACACCUCAUAGUGAGCGUGUGUUAUCAGGUUCGUGUGACUCCAAGUCUGGAGACUCCAAUUCUACGUUACGUCGUGAGCUGAAGCAGUUCUUUGGCUGGGUACGGAAUAAUGCGUAUGGCUGCGGCGGCAUGUCAAUCAAACUCUACGACCAAUGGAGAGUCUGGAUGCAGAAGUCCCACAAAACACGCAACCAGGUAGGUCCUACAAGGGGAUAAGUCAUAGUACGCAUCCCCCCUGCCUUUAAACAACCAGCAACAAAGUCAAGACAACAUGUGUGUGAAAAAUGGUGUCCCCUAAAUGCUGUGGUUUUGCAUACACCAUUCAGCGACGGAAGAAGGGGGCAGAAAUACAAUUUUGGGGACAGUGUCUCUAGCCCUGCCCCAUCCGCAGGGUGUGUGUGCUGUAAUUAUUUAACAAGACGUGGAGGAAUAAGACAUUGAGGAAUAGUGAUCUUCUUCUUACUGUGGGAAUACUGGCAGCUCUGAAAAGCUAGAGAUCCACAGCACCCUCUAGUGGAAGUUAACAUACUGGGAGGAACAGUGGAGACAGAGGACCAGAGUAAUGUUUCUAGUCACAUCCCAGUCUUAAACCAUGACGACCCAAUCGGAACUGUCUGUGACCCACUAUUUGUGAACCCUGGUCUGGGAGGGGGGGGGGGACUAUUAAGGACUAUUAACUGACAUUGUGUUACAGGACUAUUAACUGACAUUGUGUUACAGGACUAUUAACUGACAUUGUGUUACAGGACUAUUAACUGACAUUGUGUUACAGGACUAUUAACUGACAUUGUGUUACAGGACUAUUAACUGACAUUGUGUUACAGGACUAUUAACUGACAUUGUGUUACAGGACUAUUAACUGACAUUGUGUUACAGGACUAUUAACUGACAUUGUGUUACAGGACUAUUAACUGACAUUGUGUUACAGGACUAUUAACUGACAUUGUGUUACAGGACUAUUAACUGACAUUGUGUUACAGGACUAUUAACUGACAUUGUGUUACAGGACUAUUAACUGACAUUGUGUUACAGGACUAUUAACUGACAUUGUUGUCUGUGUCGGUGUGGAGAUCUGUCUUAAUAUUAAGUAGGGUCAGGAGUUUUUCCUGAUCAUAUGGCCCUGCCCAGGAACACCUCCUGACCAUAAUGCUAAUGUAUUUUUCUACAGAAUUGUACUAUCAUAUUUAAACUAUUAUUUUGUGUUACUAAGUUAUGUUUGGUUACUGAUAAUGUUAUUGACUUAAUUAUGAAUUAUAGUUUGGUUUGAAAGAGUUUGGAAGUCAUGCUAUUCACACACACUUGCACACACCCCCGGACACACACACCCACAGACACACACUCGCACAC